AUGGCUUUGUCUUACCGUCGGCCUUGCCGUGGAACAAUGAUCAAACGGGAGAGAAGAAGAAGACGACCGGAGAUGGAGAUGCCUAUUCCUAUGCAUGUGGUCAUGGAGGAGAUCCUUACGAGACUGCCUGCUAAAUCACUGAUGAGAUUCAAGUGCGUCUCAAAGCUUUGGUCAUCCCUCAUCAGCUCAUCAUAUUUCAGAGACCGUUUCCUCACAGUCCCAACCCGACAACGCCCACAUCUUUUCAUGUCUUUGCAGGAUGUCAAUGACCACAGUAGCUCUGUAACGCUAUCAUUGGUUCCAGAGGCUAACAGUGAUACUUCCUUUGUAGUUGACCAUGGUCUGACCAUCCCACGGAUGAGAGGCGGCUACAUCUGCCAAAGUCUACGCGGCUUCAUGUGCUACGACCUAAGGAAAAAGCCGCGUAUCUUUAACCCUGCCACUAGACAGCUUGUCACUUUACCCUCUGCCUUCAAUCGCAGUACUACCGAGGGAACCGUCUCCUACUAUUUCGGACACGACCCUGUUACAGACCGGUACAAAGUGGUCUGCUCAGUUGGUGUCCGUUUGACCGGUACGCAGGAGGUAAGGUCCCAUCAUCGUGUCUUUGUCCUCAAACCUGAAGGGGGAGGUUCCUGGAGAAAGGCCAAUCCACUUCAUCCUCCGGACUUUAUUCCUCAUAUUGCGGCCAGAGGAGGCGUGUGUAUCGACGGGGUUAUAUAUUACCUUGGUUGGACUGCUGAUGAUAUUUGUAUGCUUGUGAGUUUCGGUGUUAGAUCCCAUGACUUCAAAAUGAUCCAAGUACCUCGUGCGGAGGAGCUGCCUCCUCCUGCAGAGAUGAAGAAUGUGUGUCUUGUAGAGUAUGGUGGCAAAGUAACUGUCGUUGACCAGACCAGUCUUCGAGAUAAGGGUAGGAUUGAUUUGUGGGCAUUGGAAGAUGCUGCAAACCAAAAAUGGUCGAGUGAGAGACUGGUUUUGAAACCUUCUCAGUUAGAUUUUGUCAGAAACAUUGAAUUCGUUGUCAAAGGUACGAGUCGAAAUGGUAAGGUUUUCCUAAUACCAAGGGAUUUGGUUUCUCCCUUUCAAAUUAUAUGUUAUGAUCUGCAAAGCAACCAUAUGAUAAAGAUGGAUAUCAAAGGUGUACCGGACCAUUGGUUUAGUAAGCACAAAUCCACCGUUGAAGUGAUGUUGAUAGAUCACAGUGAAACUCUCAUGUCCUUGAUGAAUACAUGA